AUGUCAGCACCGCCAGUGGACUACUACGCCGCCCUAGAGGUUGACUCCAAGGCAACACAGGAGCAGAUCCGCACUGCCUACAAGAAGCAAGCACUGAAGCAUCAUCCCGACCGUGUACCUGCCGACUCGCCAGAACGUGCCUCCCGUACCAGAAAGUUCCAGCAGAUCAACGACGCCUACUACACUCUUUCAGACCCAACCAGACGAAGGGACUACGACGCCACAAGACGCUAUCAUGGGUUCGGCUCUGGGUUCGGUGGAUUUGGCUCCGGCUCAAACACAGCCCCAGGUGGCUACAGUGACCCAGAAGAGGAGAUUCCACGACCAGAGCCAAGUACCCAGCAAGGAGGAGGUUUCAGCUUCCCAUGGAGCGCCUUUGGUUUCGGCGGACAGGCAAAGAACGAGGAGGAUGCCAACAAGUUCAGCAGCGAACAGUUCGGCAGUGUCUUCGAGGAGAUGCUCAGGGAGGAAGGCAUGGCGGAGGGUCAGAACAACCAUCCUACAGGCAAGUUCUGGUCUUUGAUCGGCGCAGUCAGUGGAGGUGCCAUGGGCUUCAUCAUUGCCAACGUACCCGGUGCCAUUGCAGGUACCGUAGCUGGCAACAGACUGGGUGCUGUCAGAGACAGCAGAGGUAAAAGCGUCUACGCUGUCUAUCAAGAAUUGGAUCAGCCAGCGAAGAUGCGCCUGCUCAGCGAGCUGGCAACCAAGGUGUUCGCUCAUGCCAUAAGCUGA